GUGUCCCGUCUGCACGGAGCACAGACAGACAGCAGGGAACAGCUGCAGCAUUAGGUUCGCGUAGGAUUUCACUGCAUUGCGAUUUAAAAUAUCUAUAAUUUCAUCCCCAAAAACUCAAGUAGAGCAGCUCGAUUUAGCAACCACAUAUCAUUUAAAAAAUGGUUGAUCGCGAGCAGCUGGUGCAGAAAGCCAGGCUGGCUGAACAGGCUGAGAGAUAUGAUGAUAUGGCAGCUGCUAUGAAAUCGGUAACAGAGCUGAACGAGGCCCUGUCCAACGAGGAGAGGAACCUCCUGUCCGUGGCCUACAAGAACGUGGUCGGGGCCCGCCGCUCCUCCUGGAGGGUGAUCUCCAGCAUUGAGCAGAAGACCUCGGCCGACGGCAAUGAGAAGAAGAUCGAGAUGGUGCGGGCCUACAGGGAGAAGAUUGAGAAGGAGCUGGAGGCAGUGUGCCAGGAUGUGCUCAACCUUCUGGACAACUUCUUGAUCAAGAACUGCAGCGAGACACAGCACGAGAGCAAGGUGUUCUACCUGAAGAUGAAGGGCGACUACUACCGCUACCUGGCCGAGGUGGCCACGGGGGAGAAGAGGGCCACCGUGGUGGAGUCGUCGGAGAAGGCCUACAACGAGGCCCAUGAGAUCAGCAAGGAGCAUAUGCAGCCCACCCACCCCAUCCGCCUGGGCUUAGCUCUCAACUACUCUGUGUUUUACUACGAGAUCCAGAACGCCCCGGAGCAGGCCUGCCAUCUGGCCAAGACCGCCUUCGACGACGCCAUCGCCGAGCUGGACACCCUCAACGAGGACUCCUACAAAGACUCCACUCUCAUCAUGCAGCUGCUCCGAGACAACUUGACACUGUGGACAAGUGACCAGCAGGAUGACGAGGGAGGGGAGGGCAACAAUUAAAGAGUAACCCCACUUUGAAAAAAAAAUAUAUGAAGGGCCGGUGGACUUUGGCAGCCGCUUUUGCCGAUGAUACUACCGCAGCAGCAGUUCUUUAUUUUUCCAUGUCUUAAAAGAAAAGAAUCAAAAGAGAGGUGAGAGUGGAGGUUAAAUCUUAGUUUAAAUAUAUAUAGAAAUAUAUAUACAGUUGAAAGGGGCCUCCGUCUUCUUGGUUUUCUCUUUGACAUUUGCCAAAAACCACUGAUAUGUCAGUCAAUCAGCCUGAAGUGGUUGUUGUUGGAUUGAAAUGGCAGCCUCACACUGGCAUAGGAACUGAUCUUGUUCUAUCAAGAUAAUCUGCUUAGUUAGGUUUUUGCGUGAUAGAGAUGCAUUUGAGUCACUUAAGAGAGAAAAUUGUUGUAUGGGAAUGCCUCACAAAACUAGUUUGCAUUGGUUCCAGUAGUAAGUCUGUAUAUGAGAAAGGGCCCUGAAAGCCAUUAAUGUUAAACUCACACAAACAACAAGAACGAGUUUUAAACCGAUUAAUUCCCCCCAAAAUUUGAAAGGAUAAAUUAGAUGGGAGCGAAAAAUGAGGACUUGAUGUUAAAAAUUGAUUCCCCUACUUUAAGUGCAGAUUAGUCUGUUAUGUCACUGCACUGGAACCAUAGAUUCUUUUGGAGGUGAAGAUUAUUAAAGGCAGAGACUUAACAAUAUAAAACAAACAAAAAAAUUACACAAAAAAAUAGAAAUAAAAGCAGCUUCAGAGUUUGUGGUUUACUUCUGUGUUUGUUUUAUUAAAUGCACUUGCCUACUAUACUGUUUCUUCAGUGUAAGAUGAUGACAACAAUAGUAUCGAUUAUUCAAUAUUGUGCAUGCUGGUGAUGUAUUUAUAUACAGUAGCUUGACUUUAUUAACUUAUACUGUGGGUGUUAAGUAUUCAUAUGAUUGAGAAAAACAGGCUUUGUCUGAUGUUGAUUUCUAAUUUAUUUUGUUUUGUUAUGGUUUUUUGAUUUGCUAUACCAAAAUGGUGAUCGUAAAAAUUGAUCUGUAAUGGGCGUUGCUAUAGUGACAUGCAAUAUGUGUAUUUAGUUUGUUACUGAAAGUAAAAAAGGAAGAUAAAAAAAUCACCAGUGAUCACUUAAUCUUACCAACUGGUGUUUGUCACAUUGAAUUAUGAUAUAUUUUGUUCUUUGAACAGUAUUGAAGUACUUUUUUCAUUUGUCAUGCUAUCCAGUUUAAAUAAUAAUGGUGAAGUUUUCAGGCUCAAUGUUUCUGUUAUGAAUUCACAAACACGGACCAUAUUUUAUUUCUGACAGUAUACCUUUUUUGUUUGUAUGUUUUUAUACCUUUUAGCUGUUCCUGAGUGACAAAAUAUCUUGAAUGUGAGUCAUUAUGUAGCAGUUGCACAAGAACCGAAAUAAUAGCUAUGAUAAUAAAAAAGAAUAUGACUAAAUUAUACAUGCACCAUUUCCAUGGUGGUCUAGUGUAUUGUUGUAUCAUCACUCAUAAGACAAUUGUGUUUUUAAGAAAAAACAUUUAAUGGGGGAAAGAAAUGUUUUAACACUUUGUGUUGUGCUCAACUACAGUAUGUGCUUCCUUUUUGCCUGUAUCAUUAUUUAAUAUGCCUCAUGUGCAAGUUAACCUUUACAGGAAAAAAGUAUUUAUCUGCCAGUAUUUUAAGUUCCUGCAAGCAUGUGUGCAAGUUGAAUAUUUUCCUCACAAUAUGUGUCAGACGGUACUGCUCUCUGUACAGCACAUAUAUAUAAAUAUUUAACACCAAUGCACAAGUAGAGUCACAGGGAAAGCAUAAUUCAAUAGAAUUGGGUAUUUAUUAGCAAAUAUGAUAAUUAGACACUAAGAAGCUGCUUAAGAGCACAGAAAGCUGCUGAAUGGAUUUUUUCUUUAUAAUGCUGCUACUUCUAGAUAAUUACAUUACUAUAUAUUCAUACAGAUGGCAGUUUGUUGGGACUUUAUUUUUCCUAAUAGAUGGCAGUUUAUUUUUUAUCUCAGAUGUGAUGGCUUACAGUAAGAAACCAAAAGCCUUAAGGUCAGUCACACAACCUUGUUUAUCAUGUAUGCCAAUUAUGUCAUUAUCAUGAGUCAGCCUCCAUGAGCUCACACAGUAUGUCACAGCUGCUUUGAUUUAUUUUUAACGUAGUAUAAAGUUGAUGGUCUUGAAGGCUCACCAGGCAAAUAGCAUGACAUCCUUAUGCCAAUCUGCAACACUGCUCACACAGCUUAUGAGUAUUAGAAUGGAGUUGAAAGUUUUGUGUGUUAAAAAAAAAACGGAAACUGAAACUUUCCCUCACUUUUUUGUUUGAAUAUUUUUUUUAAACCACAUCAGGAGACUUUCACCCAUUGCCAAGAAUACCUGAAUUUUCUUCCUUUUUCAUUAAUUUGUAUUUUCUUUUCUGUGGUUUUUCUUUUUAAGUUUUUAUUAUUUUGGAUGUUGAUCCUUGUUUCUGCUGUGACGGGGGGAAUUAAUUCAAUUAGAUUAAAGAAGAGCUGACCUGCUGGAAAUUAGCAAAAGGGGGGCGGUAGGGAUGCACACCGUAUGCUCUGAGGAAGUUUUGGUUUCCAUCUGUUGCCCAUUAAAAGUUAUUUGUUUAUCGGUA